UCGGAAGAACAGCCAUGUGAAGAAUUCAAACAUGGACGAAUAUACACGAACUCAAAAUUGAUGCGAUCACGAAAAAAAAAAUCCGUUCAGGUAAUGAAAAUAUCUAGUAUAUUAUUGGUCCAGCAACCGAAGCGUUCACAGUUUUACCAAGCGAAUAACAAUCAUAGCAUCAUUUGCGGUCUAAUUAUACAUUCCUUUGUUGUUUUCGGUUUUGGCAAUCAUCCUUUUAAAGGUGUUUGGCUACGACAGGAGCUCUUGCUUGUUGAAGUGCGCUCGUGCAACAUUUUUCUUGUCGGUAAAUUUGUUUUAUUAUCGCACCGUGAAAGAAUACAAUAUGAAUUCCAGCCAAAGCUCUGUACAAGAGGAAAAUGCAAGCAGCGCAUGCAAGCACCUCGCCGCCGAAAAACUACUAGCAACGAAGAUAGAGAGCGCGUGGUAACGGCGUAUGAAAACGGAGCCACUGCAGCUACGAUUAGCGAAAUGUUUAAUUUGAAAAAACCGACUGUCCAUGGUAUCAUCAAAAAAUACCAAACCCAAUGGCAAAUCGAGGUAAAGAAGAGUGGUGGCAACAGAUCUAAACUAUUGUCGCAGCCAGCCGUAAAUGAUGUUCGGAACUGGAUCGACGAGGACUGCACGGUGACGCUUAAAGCACUCGCAGAGAAAGUGUUCGAACAACACGGUGUUCGAGUUUCGUCCACAACCAUAGCGAGGGAAAUAAAAGGAUUCAACUACUCUCUGAAGAUGGUCAAACUGUUACCGGAGCGACGCAACACAACAACGACUGUCGAAGAAAGGAAACAUUACGCUACACAAUUCUAUGAAAUUGCGCGCGAAAUUCCGGAUAAUGGAUUAAUCUAUUUAGACGAAGUAGGAUUUAACGUCACCAGUGGAUAA